AUGACCAAAAACGCAAAGGUCAUAUCCCCGGCUCAAGCCACAUCCACAACCCAGACGACAUCCUGGGAAUGGUCAGCUCCAUACUUCGUUAAGCGAGCGCAGGAAGUUCAGGCCAGAUUAGAUCUCCAACGGCAGACUAUGGAGAACCUCCAGAACCAGCAUAAGGAUCUUCGGAAUCAGAAUAGGGAUCUCCAGGACCAGAAUAAAAACCAGAAGAAGGAUCACGAACGCGAGUUGAACACAUGUAUCGGAACGUUUAUUGUCGUAUGGACUGGUCUGACACACGGACAAAUAUUGUCCAUCAUCCUCGAAAACAAUAAGAUCCAAGCUCGAUACAACGAAAACUACAGGGCCUGGAGCAAGGAAGAAGACCGGAGGUUCUGGUCCUCAUAUAGUUCGAAAUAUUCGUUAACACCAACUCCAACACCUGCUCGAUUCAGCGAAAACUAUAGGGCCUGGAACAAAAAGGAAAGUGAUGGGUGGUGGGAACAGUGGAAUGCCCAGGAGGCCCAGGAGGCCCAGAGAAAAUCAAAGGAUCAAAAGUUCUGGUCUUCGUGGAGUUCGCAAUAUGCGACAACACCAACUCCGACGCCUGCUCGUUAG